AUGGAAGCCACCACGAAUAACCAGACAGCGCCUGUGAGGGAAGAGGGUGACAUAAGCCCAUUGGAUGAAACCAUCCAGGUUCGAUCCAUGUGCAUGAAUUGCGAGCAAGAAGGAAUAAACCAGAUAGCAAAGUUGCACAUCCCGUAUUUUAAAAAUGUAUUGAUACAUUCAUUUGAGUGUGGAUUCUGCAACUACAGGAAUAAUGUUAUCCAAGAUUUAAACACGAUAAAGGAGAAAGGAGUUAAGAUAAUUUUUAAAAUUAGCCAACGUGAGCAUAUGGAUAGGCAACUGAUUAAGUCUGAGUAUGGUAUGUUGAAGAUUCCACAAAUUGACUUUGAGAUACCUAAGGAAACACAAAAGGGGUCCAUUAAUACCAUCGAGGGUUUUCUGCAGACUGCCCUUAGCAACCUCACCGAGUAUCUCGGAAAUUUGAAGCACAUGUAUUGUGAGGCCAAUGGGCUCCCAGAAGGGGCAGCUAUCGAGGGGCCGCAAUCACAGUCAGGCCAGUUCCUCAAUGGGGAGCAUGGCGCAGAUGAGGUAGAUGGCGCAAAGAUCCUUUCCACAAAUGCGCACAACGUGGAAGUAGAAAUUACCAGUAAGAGUGAACGUGGAGAAGAUGUUCAUGGAGAAGGAGCUCUUCGAGAAGGUCAUCAUGGAGAAGGCGCACGUGCAGCAGACCAAACCAGCCGGGGGGACAAAUCUGCCGAUACUAAUCAGCAGGGCCAACAGAUUACCGUAGAAAAUUACAUAAAGCUAAUCGAGUCCACAGUUCAUAAAUUGUCCACCUAUAUCGUGUCGAAGGAACCGAUCUUCACCAUUGAAAUUGUUGACCCGUCAGGACUGAGCUCCCUGGAGCACUACGAUGAAGAUCUGCAAAAAGGCAUCGUCAAGGUGGAGCAUUACAAACGAAGCAAAGAGGAAUUAAACGAAAUCGGGUUUUAUGAAGAAGACUUUGAGGGUAAAAAUGAGGUGGUUAAUUUGGGGCCAAAUGGAGACAAAGAAAAGGAGGACCACGUAGUGGAAAAAGUCAAGAAGGAAAACUUCGAUUUUGUUAAGAAGUAUCUCCACAUGGAUAACACUGCGGGUAGCGGUGUGAGUAGUGGUAUGAGUAACAGCGUGAACAGCCGCGCCGCCGUGCGGUACGAAAACAUAAGCGAAGAGGAGGAGGGGAAGUUAAUAGAGUCGUUCACGUCCAAUUGCCCCUGCUGCAAUUAUAUGGGAUCCAACAACUUUUGCGAAAUUAAUAUACCAGGUUUUAAAAAGUGCCUAAUUAUGUCCUAUGUGUGUGCGAACUGCAACUUUAAGACGAGCGAAAUUAAGAGCAGCGGGGAGAUCAAUCCCAAAGGGAAGAAAAUUACACUCACUGUAAGAAGUAAAAGCGACUUAAACCGAUUCGUAAUCAAGUCAGAAACGGCAUCUAUUCACAUCCCCAUUGUGGAUCUCACGUCGGAUUACGGAAUUCUCGGUGGUUCUCUCACUACCGUCGAGGGGCUGAUUCUGAAAAUAAUCGAGUCGCUGGAGGAUAAAUUUAAGUUCCUACUUGGGGAUUCUAGCACCAAGACGCAGGGAUACGACCAGGGGGGGGAGCAAACAAACGAUAAUGCACUUCCGAAGAGCCAAAUAAAAAAUGAAGAAUUUAUCACAAGUAAAAUAAAAAGCCUAAUUGGGAAUUUGUACAAGUUGUGCAAAACGGAGGAAUUGUGCCCUUUCGAUUUUGUGAUUGACGAUAUUGCAUCGAACAGCUACAUAUCAAGCGAUGACAUUAUGCACGAUGAAAAUUUAAAAGAAGAGGAAUAUGAAAGAACGUUUGAGCAAAAUGACAUGCUAGGCCUAACAUCAAUGAACACGGAAAAUUACUGA